GCCGGUUGGUGUUUUCUCUGAGCUUGCCGCUAGGGGGCGCGUGCGGAGGAGGUCGAAGCCUUGCCUCUCUAGUCACACCCAACGCCUGCAGAGACUUCCGGCUCAGUUCCGUACCGCUUCCGGGGGAAUGUUGGGGCUGCUGGUCGCGUUCCCCGCGGGACGGUGAAGGCUGAGGAUUUCCGGGCCGGAGGUGCUUGCCCUGCGUGCAGCCUCAACCGCUCCCUGGGGAAGUGCAUCGGGCUCACCGUUGCUCGGAGCGGGCCUUUCUUCCCCACUGGAGCGGAGGGCGAGUGCUGCCAUGGCGGCUCCAGCUCAGCCCAAGAAAAUCGUGGCCCCUACGGUGUCCCAGAUCAACGCGGAGUUCGUGACCCAGUUGGCAUGUAAAUACUGGGCUCCCCAUAUCAAGAAAAAAUCACCUUUUGAUAUAAAGGUCAUUGAAGACAUAUAUGAAAAAGAGAUUGUCAAAUCAAGGUUUGCCAUCAGAAAGAUAAUGCUCUUGGAAUUUAGCCAGUACCUUGAAAAUUACCUUUGGAUGAAUUAUUCUCCGGAAGUGUCCAGCAAGGCCUAUUUAAUGUCCAUCUGUUGUAUGGUGAAUGAGAAGUUCAGAGAAAAUGUCCCUGCCUGGGAGACUUUCAAGAAGAAGCCAGACCACUUCCCAUUCUUUUUCAAGUGCAUCUUGAAAGCAGCAUUGGCUGAAACUGAUGGUGAAUUUUCACUCCAUGAACAGACAGUCUUAUUGCUUUUUCUUGAUCACUGCUUCAAUAGUUUGGAAGUAGACUUGAUACGAAGUCAAGUACAGCAGCUUAUCUCCCUCCCAAUGUGGAUGGGCUUACAGCCUGCACGCUUGGAAUUAGAAUUAAAAAAGACACCUAAGCUAAGAAAAUUCUGGAACUUGAUUAAAAAGAACGAUGAAAAGAUGGAUCCAGAAGCAAGAGAACAAGCCUAUCAAGAAAGAAGAUUUCUUUCACAGCUCAUCCAGAAGUUUAUCUCCGUGCUGAAGUCAGUCCCACUUUCCGAACCUGUCACUAUGGACAAAGUUCAUUACUGUGAAAGAUUCAUUGAACUUAUGAUUGAUCUAGAGGCCCUACUCCCCACAAGGCGCUGGUUUAAUACCAUCCUGGACGACUCCCACCUUUUGGUUCACUGCUACCUUUCCAACCUUGUUCACAGGGAAGAGGAUGGCCAUCUUUUUUCCCAGCUUUUGGACAUGCUUAAGUUCUAUACUGGUUUCGAGAUUAAUGACCAGACUGGAAAUGCUCUGACAGAGAACGAGAUGACUACCAUUCACUAUGAUAGAAUCACUUCUCUACAGAGAGCUGCUUUUGCACAUUUCCCUGAACUCUAUGAUUUUGCCCUCUCAAAUGUGGCAGAAGUAGAUACUCGGGGAUCCUUGGUCAAGUUAUUUGGACCUCUUAGUUCAAAUACACUCCACCAGGUGGCAUCAUACCUCUGCUUGUUACCAACUCUUCCUAAAACUGAAGACACAACUUUUGAUAAAGAAUUUCUUCUAGAAUUCUGUUUUUUACCUCUUAAAACUGCUUUAUGGAAUGGAUUUGUUCCAUGCAAACAUGUAUCUCGUCAUGAACGUCGAAUUUCUCAGAUUCAGCAGUUGAACCAGAUGCCUUUGUAUCCAACUGAGAAAAUCAUAUGGGAUGAAAAUAUUGUCCCAACUGAGUACUAUUCAGGGGAAGGUUGUCUUGCUCUUCCCAAGCUAAAUUUGCAGUUUUUGACUCUUCAUGAUUACCUCCUAAGGAACUUUAAUCUCUUCCGCUUAGAAUCAACUUAUGAAAUUAGGCAGGACAUUGAGGACAGUGUCAGCAGAAUGAAGCCUUGGCAGUCUGAAUAUGGCGGUGUAGUAUUUGGUGGCUGGGCGCGAAUGGCUCAACCCAUUGUGGCUUUCACUGUGGUUGAGGUUGCCAAACCCAACAUAGGUGAAAACUGGCCAACCCGAGUUCGUGCAGAUGUCACCAUCAAUCUCAAUGUCAGAGAUCACAUCAAAGAUGAAUGGGAAGGCCUUCGUAAGCAUGAUGUAUGCUUUUUAAUUACGGUGCGUCCCACGAAACCAUAUGGUACCAAGUUUGACCGGAGGAGACCUUUUAUUGAGCAGGUUGGCCUGGUUUAUGUCCGAGGCUGUGAAAUCCAGGGCAUGCUGGAUGAUAAAGGACGUACUUUUUCAAAAUGUUUAGGACCCGAACCCAGACCCAAUCUUAGAGGAGAGUCAAGGACAUUUAGAGUGUUUUUGGAUCCAAACCAGUAUCAACAAGAUAUGACCAAUACCAUACAAAAUGGAGCAGAAGAUGUGUAUGAAACUUUCAAUAUAAUAAUGAGAAGAAAACCAAAAGAAAAUAACUUUAAGGCUGUGCUGGAGACUAUUCGGAACCUGAUGAACACUGACUGUGUGGUACCUGCCUGGCUGCAUGAUAUCAUUUUAGGUUACGGGGAUCCAAGCAGUGCACAUUAUUCAAAAAUGCCCAAUCAGAUUGCCACCCUGGAUUUCAACGACACAUUUCUCUCCAUUGAGCAUUUGAAAACCAGCUUCCCUGGUCAUAAUGUUAAAGUAACUGUGGAUGACCCAGCUCUACAGAUACCCCCUUUCAGGAUAACUUUUCCAGUAAGAAGUGGAAAAGGGAAGAAAAGGAAAGACGUGGAUGGGGAAGAUGAAGACACUGAAGAGGCCAAGACCUUAAUUGUUGAACCUCAUGUUAUUCCUAAUCGGGGUCCUUACCCUUACAACCAACCCAAGCGUUCUGUUGUGGGCCCACCGGGUACAGGAAAAACAGAUGUGGCGGUUCAGAUCAUAUCCAAUAUAUACCACAAUUUCCCAGAGCAGAGAACUCUGAUUGUUACUCAUUCCAAUCAGGCCCUGAACCAGUUGUUUGAGAAAAUCAUGGCUUUAGACAUUGACGAGCGCCACCUCCUGCGUCUUGGUCAUGGAGAAGAAGAGCUGGAGACAGAGAAAGAUUUCAGCAGGUAUGGAAGAGUUAAUUAUGUCCUGGCUCGAAGAAUAGAACUUUUAGAAGAAGUCAAACGGUUGCAAAAAAGCCUAGGGGUUCCAGGGGAUGCUUCAUAUACUUGUGAAACUGCAGGCUAUUUCUUCUUAUAUCAGGUAAUGUCUCGCUGGGAAGAGUAUAUCAGCAAAGUGAAAAAUAAAGGUAACACAUCACCAGAUGUCACGGAAGUCUCCACUUUCUUCCCUUUUCAUGAGUACUUUGCAAAUGCUCCUCAACCCAUUUUUAAAGGUCGGUCUUAUGAAGAAGACAUGGAAAUUGCUGAAGGAUGUUUCAGGCAUAUUAAGAAAAUCUUUACUCAGCUUGAGGAAUUCAGGGCCUCUGAACUGCUUCGAAGUGGACUGGACAGAUCUAAAUACCUUUUGGUGAAAGAAGCCAAAAUCAUUGCCAUGACCUGUACUCAUGCUGCCUUAAAACGACAUGAUUUAGUCAAGUUAGGUUUCAAGUAUGACAACAUUUUAAUGGAGGAGGCUGCUCAGAUCCUGGAAAUAGAAACAUUUAUACCUCUUCUUCUACAGAAUCCUCAGGAUGGUUUUAGCCGACUGAAACGAUGGAUUAUGAUCGGUGAUCAUCACCAGUUACCUCCGGUCAUUAAGAACAUGGCCUUUCAGAAGUAUUCCAACAUGGAGCAGUCUCUCUUCACUCGCUUCGUCCGGAUUGGAGUUCCUACUGUGGACCUCGAUGCCCAAGGGAGAGCCAGAGCAAGCUUGUGCAACCUGUACAACUGGCGAUACAAGAAACUAGGCAACUUACCCCAUGUUCAGCUCUUGCCGGAGUUUAGCACAGCAAAUGCUGGCUUGCUGUAUGACUUCCAGCUCAUCAAUGUUGAAGAUUUUCAGGGAGUGGGAGAGUCUGAGCCUAAUCCUUACUUUUAUCAGAAUCUUGGAGAGGCAGAAUAUGUAGUGGCACUCUUUAUGUACAUGUGUUUACUUGGUUACCCUGCUGACAAGAUCAGUAUUCUAACAACUUAUAAUGGGCAAAAGCAUCUUAUUCGUGACAUUAUCAAUAGACGAUGUGGGAGCAAUCCAUUGAUUGGAAGACCAAAUAAGGUGACAACUGUUGACAGGUUUCAAGGUCAACAGAAUGAUUAUAUUCUUCUUUCUCUAGUACGAACCAGGGCAGUGGGCCAUCUGAGGGAUGUUCGUCGCUUAGUGGUGGCCAUGUCUCGAGCCAGACUUGGACUUUAUAUCUUCGCCAGAGUAUCCCUCUUCCAAAACUGUUUCGAACUCACUCCAGCUUUCAGCCAGCUCACAGCCCGCCCACUUCAUUUGCAUAUAAUUCCAACGGAACCUUUCCCAACCUGUAGAAAGAAUGGAGAGAGGCCAUCUCAUGAAGUACAGGUAAUAAAGAAUAUGCCCCAAAUGGCAAACUUUGUGUACAACAUGUAUAUGCACCUGAUACAGACCACCCAUCACUAUCAUCAGACGUUAUUGCAGUUACCACCUGCUAUGGUAGAGGAAAGUGAGGAAGUUCAAAGCCAGGAAACAGAAAUGGAAACAGAAGAAGAGGGCAUGCCUACUCAGGCUGACAUCCCCUGUCUAACAGAUGCCAGCGUCAGUCACGAACUGUUAGCCUCUCAGACUGAGGCCACCCCUGGUCGGGCAGGGACUGGUUCCAGUCCAGAAGCCACCUCCGCUGUCUCCGAAGUCACUGCUGCUGCGGCUGGCCCCGAGGCUGUGCCCACAGAGGCUGGCACCCAGCAAGAUGCCACAUCUGCCCCAGAGACUAAAUAGCCAAUGCUAGCCUUUCUUAGGGAGGACAUUUCAUCUGUAAAGUCAAAGUAAAGUUACUUUUUGUAUUUUGUAUCUGCCUUUGCCAUUUUAAAGGUAAUAAUGUGCAGUCCUUAUUUUUGUUAACUGAUAUCAGUGUUUGUUCUUCUUGGAUAUAUUUUUUAAAUUGUAUGUAUAUGAACAACUCCAUUUCAGUUCAUUCAGGGGAGCAAAUAAUCAUUCCUUUGAUACUUUUCUCAUUGAGUGUAUCUUUAAUCAUACCUACAUUAAAAGAAUUUUCUAUGGGA